AUGCUGGCUUUCGAGUGGGCGUGGAGUGCGCCCAAUGGCAAUCCCAUGACCACCGCGCUCGCCGUGAUGCCCACAGCGGACCAACAACCAGCGGGUUAUGUCAUCAACGACGGGGCCGGCGCCCGUGUCUGGGUCGGCGAGCAUCCUCUUGCUCCUGAUUCUGCUCCUGCCCCCAAUCCUGAUCCUGAUCCUGCACCAGGGCCAAUGGCUGGGAACACCGCAGCUGUCGCUGGGCAGGAUAAGAAAAGACGAACCAAGCACGGCAAGGAGAGGAAUUGA